UCGGCGAGGGGGAGGGGAAGUCGUGAGCGGAAGCGGAAGUGACGACUGAAGCAGGGGCGGAGACGCAAGAUGGCGGCUGUGGUGCUGGCGGCGACGCGGUUGCUGCGGGGCUCGGGUUCUUGGGGCUGUUCGCGGCUGAGGUUUGGACCUCCUGCGUACAGACGGUUUAGUAGUGGUGGUGCCUAUCCCAACAUCCCCCUCUCUUCUCCUUUACCUGGAGUACCCAAACCUGUUUUUGCUACAGUUGAUGGACAGGAAAAGUUUGAAACCAAAGUGACCACAUUGGAUAAUGGGCUUCGCGUGGCAUCUCAGAAUAAGUUUGGACAGUUUUGUACAGUAGGAAUUCUCAUCAAUUCAGGAUCGAGAUAUGAAGCGAAAUACCUUAGUGGAAUUGCUCACUUUUUGGAAAAAUUGGCAUUUUCGUCUACUGCUCGAUUUGACAGCAAAGAUGAAAUUCUGCUUACGUUGGAAAAGCAUGGGGGUAUUUGUGACUGCCAGACAUCAAGAGACACCACCAUGUAUGCUGUGUCUGCUGAUAGCAAAGGCUUGGACACGGUGGUUGGCUUACUGGCUGAUGUGGUUCUGCAGCCCCGGCUAACAGAUGAAGAAGUCGAGAUGACACGGAUGACGGUCCAGUUUGAGCUGGAGGACCUGAACCUGCGGCCUGACCCAGAGCCACUUCUCACCGAGAUGAUUCAUGAAGCGGCUUACAGGGAGAACACAGUUGGCCUCCACCGUUUCUGCCCCACAGAAAACAUAGCAAAGAUCAACCGAGAGGUGCUACAUUCCUACCUGAGGAACUACUACACUCCCGACCGCAUGGUGCUGGCCGGCGUGGGCGUGGAGCACGAGCAUCUGGUGGACUGUGCCCGGAAGUACCUCCUGGAGAUCCAGCCGGCCUGGGGGAGCGCAGAGGCCGUGGAUAUUGACAGAUCUGUGGCCCAGUACACUGGGGGGAUUGCCAAGCUAGAAAGAGACAUGUCUAAUGUCAGCCUGGGCCCAACCCCCAUCCCCGAGCUCACGCACAUCAUGGUUGGACUGGAGAGCUGCUCGUUCCUGGAAGAGGACUUCAUCCCCUUUGCGGUGUUGAACAUGAUGAUGGGCGGAGGCGGCUCCUUCUCGGCUGGCGGGCCUGGCAAGGGCAUGUUCUCCAGGCUCUACCUCAACGUGCUCAACAGGCACCACUGGAUGUAUAACGCGACCUCCUACCACCACAGCUACGAGGACACUGGCCUCCUCUGCAUCCAUGCCAGCGCCGACCCAAGACAGGUUCGAGAAAUGGUAGAAAUCAUCACAAAGGAGUUUAUUUUAAUGAGCGGAACCGUGGACGCGGUGGAGCUGGAACGAGCCAAGACGCAGCUGACGUCAAUGCUCAUGAUGAACCUGGAGUCCAGGCCUGUGAUCUUCGAGGAUGUGGGGAGGCAGGUGCUGGCCACUCGCUCCAGAAAGUUGCCGCACGAGCUGUGCACGCUCAUCCGUGAGUACCGCAGGGGUAGUGAGGGGCUGCCGCAGGCCUCGGCUAGGCUCAGAGGAGGCCAUCUCGCCCUCCCGCUGGCCGUGGUGGGCCUGUGGUAUGUCCAUCACACCCGGAAUCUGGGGCCUUCACCAGUUGUCCUCAGCAGGGGCAGCCAAGGGCAGGGCCGUGGGGUCGCAGACCUGGUCUCACUUCCCGGCCCCACCAUGUACCUGCUGCCUCCUUGGCAGGUGACCCCACCCUCUGCACCCCCGGGAGGGGCUGUCACUACUUUCCAGAGCUGUUAAAGAACUCAAGUUAGUAGGCGAAAAGGGCUCAGUAGAGGACUGCUACAUUGUACGUGGAGCAGCGGCGGCUCGGAAUGCCGCUGUACCGUUGCUGGCUCUCAGGCAGGAGUCUCAGCCCCAGGUUUCCGGGGCCCCCAUGAGUGACCUUAGGAGGUCUGCAUUUCCUGAAACUGUGUGCCAAGUUGUAUGUACAUCGGACUCUUCUGGGAGACAGGCUUAAAACCUGGCACAGGCUGCCUAUUAAGUUGGGGUGGCUCAGGCUUAUGAUGUCACCUGUGGGCAUCUCCUUUCCAGGCCUGGAGUCCCGGGCACUUGCCCUGUCCCGUGUGGGCCCUUGUCCUUCCCUCAGGAGCCCCCGCUUAAAUCCUCAAGCGAGUGUCCAGCCUCUCUCGGGCCUCGUCUUCUGUAGAAAACAGACCCACCUGGACUCUAUCCCUCCUGUCCUGAGGUUCCUGGGUGCAGCCCUUUGGCCCUCUCUCACCCCGCCCUUCUGUCCAUGCGGCCCUCAGGGGCUCAGGGUUUUUUCUGCAGACCCGUCCUAAAGUGAGUUCGUCAGACAUGGAGCUUGCUGUUCUGUAAGUGUAACUCUUCUUGGGUGGCUUUGUCCUACAUUUUUAGGUCAUUGCCAUGUCCCCAUUUACUGAGAACUCACUUCUGUCACUUUUGGACUCACCCUUGGCUACACCCAGUGGCUGCCUUUGGGCCCAGGUGCCCCCAGCAGCAGCACAGCGUGAGUGAGUGGUACAGACCAGCCACCCCCUCCGUGUGUUUACUGACGCAGCCUCAGCGUGGAGGCUGUGGCGCGCUUGUGUGACGUGCGUUUGCCCUCUGCACUAGGCAACGUGAAGCCGGAAGAUGUGAA